UCUCCGAUUGAUAGGACGGCAAUGGCCACUGUAGAAGUGCUGUGUGUUUAGGGUUGCGCUAUUGUGCCCUUGUGUUGCGUUUCACCCUCUCUGCCUCUUGUGUCUUUUCGCUCAGUGCACUGAAUCAGCUAUUUCGUCUCUUUGGUGUUGUGCUGGGAGACAAUGAAGUGCCUCAGUCUUGGAUGUUGUUCUGUUUUGCAGACUUGUUGGAAAGUAGCACGUCAAAAUGGGUCUUGAUGAUGGGACUUCCAGGAAGGACGACAUCGAAAGUGAUAGAAUUGAAGAGCCAUUACUGGACAAGAAAGAUUAUACAUUGAGAGGCUAUCAAAACCAACCGGAUUCUGUUGUGUCGAUACCUUCUUCUCAGGAAGGAUCAAGUGUAUUCGGCUACAAUGUGGGUGUCAGACCUUUCCAGGACGUCAGUUUCGCUAUUAUCUUCCUACUGCUUGUUGUUAUAUCAGUAGCUUUUGGCAUCUAUGGAGUGGUUCACUCCAACUCUGAGUAUCAAUGGGUUGAGACCGCCCAGUACGAGCCAAAGCAACAAACCUGCUCCAUUCCAGAAGGUAUGCUUUUAGAGCCAAUGCAAGCUAGCGAUGCCAAAUGGCAGAUUGCGUAUGUCAUCAUGCCCCAGAGAUUGAAGAACUUGCUUUUCUCAAGCAGGGCACCUUCUGCAACACCUAUUUGGAUCACUUUGGGUAUAGCUCUUGUUCUGAGUGGUCCAUUCGCUUUGGGGGUUCUAUUCCUGCUACGAGUAUAUACGAAGGAGCUUGUAUAUGCCACUCUACCCCUCAUCAUCCUACUCCCCAUAGUUCUUAAUCUGACUUGGUUCAUCCUCUGUCAGCGUAGUGAAGAGUGUCUUAAGGAGUUUGACCCCGCAGGACAGUACGUAUUAUUUGGGAUUAUUCUUCUCAUGUGUGCACUCAUGAUCUAUGUGAUUUAUUCCAACUGGGACCGUAUUCAGCUUACUAUACGGAUAGUCAAGACUUCGUCUGAGGCUUUACAUCAAAACCUUGCUCUUCUAUUUGUCCUCCCUGGUUUAUCACUUGUAUUAGUUGUAUUCUGUGUGCCAUUUGUCAUCUUCAUAGGGUAUUCCUACACAAAUGGGAAGGUUGUGCCUAACCCAGACGUAUUAGCGGGCGAAAGCAUUCAAUGUGCCAGGGGUACAGACACCCCAUGUUGUGUUUGGCAGACUGCUUCAUGGGUGCCAUAUUACAUGUAUCUUUCCGGAUUUUCCGUUCUUUGGUCUUCGACGAUAAUGGCCCAAAUCCAGGUCUUCACCAUCAGUGGUACAAUCUCUCAGUGGUACUUCGCACAAGCAGGAUCUUCUGCCAUGAACUCCACAAGGCGAGCAUUGAGUGUUGCGUUUGGGCCUUCAUUCGGAACAGCCUGCCUUGCUGGCCUUGUCGUUGCAAUCGUGCGAAUUAUUCGAGGUGCAGCUAACAGUACGGACAAUGAACAAGCCCAAGAGAGCGCACUUGCUAUUUUUCUGCGUGCUUGUCUUCAGUCGAUUCUCGAUGCUGUUGAAUUCUUCACCAGAUUCACAACAAACUUCGCAGCCAUUACUGGCGAAAGCUUUUGUAACUCAGCUUCCAUGACAUAUAAUCUUUUGAAGAGGAAUUUGCUAUCAACAGUGCUUGUGGAAAUUAUUUCGGAUCGACUUCUGGCCAUGGUGACAUUCGUCCUAACUUUAGUAUAUGCACUGCUGAUAUACGGAGUUCUAUCUCUUUCAACAAGCCUAGCUAAGGACCAGAAGCUGAUCGCAGCUGUUCUGAGUUGGCUAAUUGUGUUCUUGGUACUCGUCCUCUUUGUGCGAGUCCUGAGCAACAUUAUAGAUACAGUGUACAUCUGUUACGCCAUGGACAAAGAUCAAGGCGUGGUGUCCAAAUCUGAAGUUCAUGACGUUCUUGUCCUUCUUCCCGCUUCCCAGGAGGAGAAUCCGUCCCUCGCCGUGCGACGCGAGAACUGAUCACAUCCGACUACCGAACACUCCGGUCCCAUUGUCAUGGCAGUCUGCUUCAGUAGUUCCGACUAGCAAUGUACAUUCUGAAUUUUGUAACAAUAUUAUGAGCAAAUUAUAUCCAGAGUGUAAAACUUGCACUCCCCUUUGUCUGCACCA